ACUUAUGGGGGCCGUCACCUGUGACAUCGCGGUUAGGUUUCCGUUACUUUGCAUUAUUUGUUGAUCAGGCGACCAGAUUUACCUGGGUGUACUUCUUGCGGCAGAAUUCGGAACUGUUGACAGUAGCUCGUGAAUUUGUGCAGAUGGUGUCGACUCAAUUUGGUAAGGUAAUUAAGAUCUUGCGAUCCGAUCCAGGUGGUGAAUUCUCGUCAAAUUCACUAAUGGAUCUAUUUCGAGACCGUGGCAUACUUCAACAACUAUCAUGUCCGGGAGUUUCACAACAGAACGGACUGGUCGAAAGAAAGCAUCGUCAUGUUCUUGAGCUUACUCGAGCUAUAUUAAUUCAUUCACAGGUGCCAUCGGGAAUUUGGGUUGAAGCAGUGCAUACAGUUGUUUAUUUGAUCAAUAGACAUAUUACAUCGACUCUCCAACAUCAUAGUCCGUAUCAAGCUCUUUAUUCUUGUCUCCCCAACUAUGGCUGGUUGCGUGUGUUUGGAUGCAUAUGCUAUGUGCUGGUAUCCCGACGAGAGCGAACUAAACUCACUCCCAAAGCUGUCAAGUGUGUAUUUAUCGGUUACAGCGAUAAACACAAAGGCUAUGUAUGCUAUGAUGUGGCUAAAAGACGAGUCCGUAUAUCAUGUCAUGUUAAAUUUCUAGAGCAUCAAUCAUAUUAUGGCUCGUCGAACACCUACCCGGAUGGUUCGGAACUAGAUUUCUUGAAGGAUACUUGGUCUCUUGAUGCUGAAGCUACAAUGGACACGCCAGCUGAUCCGGCCGAGGAUAAUGAUCCGGAUUCGCCUAAUCCCAGUUCCACGUCCUCCACGACUUCGUCAACUUCGUCCAGCUCCACUUCGGCAACUUCGAUGAGCUCGCCAGUAUUUACCUCCUCCUAGGAUGAUGAGAGUUCACCGACCUCACCAAAUUCAUCACCAACGUCACCCUCUUCCUUUUCGUCCAAUAACUUGUCUUCUCCUGGGUCAUCUAUAUCCCCAAUUCCCUUUGAGACGGCCCAACCUAAUGAGGAGCCAAUCUUGCGACGCUCCACUCGCAUUACCAGAGGUAAACCACCAAAUCGUCACAAUGAUUUUGUGUCUUACUCUACCUCUCCUGUUUAUGUCCCAGCAACAUACAAACAGGCCAAAGGCAUUGAACGGUGGGAGAAGGCAAUGGACGUCGAGAAGGAUGCUCUUGAAGCAUCACACACAUGGGACUUGGUUAAGCGCCAACCUGACAUGUCGGUCAUUGGGUGUAAGUGGGUGUAUACACUUAAGAUGCUGCCCGAAGGUACGGUGGAAAGAGAAAAGGCGAGGUUGGUAGCUCAAGGGUUUCGACAAGAGUACGGUGUCGAUUAUGAAGAAACCUUUGCACCGGUGGCAAAGAUGCAGACUGUACGGAGUUUACUGGCGGUAGCAGCAAUGAAGGAAUGGCGGUUAUUGCAGUUAGAUGUGAAAAAUGCAUUUUUGCAUGGGGAUUUAAAAGAGACUAUCUACAUGGAACGACCACCGGGCUAUACACGAGGGGACGAUACUAUGGUCUGUCGUCUACGCCGCUCUCUGUACGGUCUAAAGCAAGCUCCCCGGGCGUGGUUUGAGAAGUUCCAUGCUACCAUUUUACAUGCUGGUCUGGUGCAGAGCGAGAAUGAUCCAUCCCUCUUUCUUCGGUCGACUAGUAGAGGUAUUACAGCACUUCUGAUCUAUGUAGAUGACAUGGUGGUGACAGGAGAUGAUAGUGUUGGUAUUGAGGAAUUGUUGUUGGUACUACGCUCGGCAUUUAAUCUUAAAGAACUUGGGGAUCUCUCUUACUUUCUUGGCUUGGAAAUUCAUAGGUCUACUGCAGGUAUUCAUGUCGGACAAAGGAAAUAUAUUGUUGACUUGCUCGAGGAAGCUCAGAUGGAUGAUUGUCUCCCCUGCAACACACCCAUGGAACAAAAUCUCAAACUACGGCAGCUGGAGGGUGAUUUACUGUCGGAUGGCUCCCUAUAUAGGAGUAUUGUGGGUAGUCUCAUCUAUCUGACACAUACCCGACCUGACAUAUCUUAUCCUGUACAGAUUGUAAGUCAAUUCAUGUCGGCACCGCGCAAACCUCACUGGUUGGCUGUUCAGCGAAUAUUGAGAUACUUACGUGGCACUCAGGAGGUUGGUUUGCUAUUUCCAACUGGAGGUGCCUCGAUUCUUGAAGCUUAUUCAGAUGCAGACUAUGCUGGUUGUCAAGACACACGCCGUUCUACCUCUGGCUGGUGCGUCAAGAUUGGAAAUUCAUUCAUAUCUUGGCGGUGUAAGAAGCAAGAUCGGGUAUCAAAGUCAUCUACAGAAGCUGAAUACCGAUCCAUGAGUGAAGUGUCUUCUGAGAUUGUGUGGUUGCGCAGGCUGUUAGCGGAGCUCGGGGUUACUUGUCAGGAUCCAGUUCGGCUAUACGUUGACAAUACGAGUGCUAUCUGUAUUGCAACUAAUCCGGUGUUACACGACAGGACAAAGCAUAUUGAAGUGCACGUUCAUUACGUUCGACAACUUGUAGCCGAAGGAACUGUGGAACUCACCUAUAUCACUUCAGAAGACCAAACAUCGGAUCUUUUAACUAAGGCCGUGUCUACUUCACGUCACUGGUUUCUAGCACACAAAUUGAUGUUGCGUCAGCUACAUCAAUUUGAGGGAGGGUGUUAGAAGUAUAGGUAUCAAUUUGUAAUUGUACAAUAAGUGACGUAAGAAGGGGUUAGGGUUAUAGGUUAGCUGAGUAUAUAUAUGAGUUGUGAUGGCUGACCUAUGUAUCGACUACAGUGAAUAAUAUCGAUCUCUGCCUUGUGCCGUGGACUAGUCUUGACGAUACUCGUCAAGGAAACCACGUAAAUCCGGUGUCCCUCUUCUCUCGUAUUUGUGUUGAUUAUUAUCAUCAUGGUUCUUAUCAGAAGCAUGCAUAGAGAAAGAGAGGGAGUCGUUGGAAUUCACCACACGCUUUCUUCGUCAUUGAAGGCUCUGAUACCAUGUCAUGAACCAACUAGUCUCAAUAAUUUGAAUUGUUGUGGGAUGUUCGAUUAUGAAUUUUAUAUACCAUUUACUAACACAUUCUACUUUUUUUUGUCACGUAUCCUGACGAAUGACCACGGCACUCUAGUACUUAAGAUCAAAGAUCAUUAGAAGUGAAUCUAGACAUUUUCAUCAAUGAAUGAAUGAAUGAUAUAUCCCAUGCAAUUAAUUAGUCUAGGGGAAGAAACAUUCAUGGAAAAAGUAUCAUUAACAAAGAUGAUUACUAGGAAGAUGUAACAUCUUAGUUAAUAAAGUGGUGGGUUAUGCCAAUUGUAGGCUUAAGUUUUUUUUUUUUUUAAUAAUAACCUUGCUCGGCUCUUAUUCUUAAAGGCGAGAAUUUGCCAAUCAUGUACGAACGUAUCCGGAAAAUAUCGUAUCUUUUUCGACCCAAAACAGAUUAACAGUAAUAAUGUCUCGCGAAAAAGAUUAAACUGCUAAUUAGAUUUCUUUUUUCCCCUCGGUAUUUGAUCGAUGAAGACAAUAACUUUUGGUUAGUUUAACUUUUAUUGCUUUUCUGUGGAAAAAAAACCAUUUUAAUUCUUGUCUUCCAUUGACAAACUAGCACCACUACAAGUGUCCAAAAUUGUAUUUCGUUUGAAGCUGCUGGGAGCGGAUUGGCCGCCUCUCAACAGUCUGCAGGCUCUAUUGGCUCCUCCACUCCAUAUAUCUCUCCAAUUGUACAAUAUAUUAGAAUUAAAGAGAAGGAAACUCUGUUUACUGAAAGCAACACUCGUAUAUAUUGGUAGACAUGAGACGACCAAAACGAAAUUCGGGGGCUUCUGAAUUUCGUCUCGACUUGUAUAUUGGUGGCACCGAAGAAAUUAAGCUAAUUAACCCGGUCGUGAUAGCGGACAUUUUUGUUGGUUUAUUGGUUUGCCUGCUUAGAUUGAUUGAUGCCGAGACUGGACGUAGACAAUGUAAGAGGUAACACAUGCAAAUGACAAUUGGAAUGGUCCAAGUUGGAAACAUGAGGAAUUGGAAUUUGGCAGUUCAAUUUGAGGGGUGAAUGUUGGUUUUUUUGAUGAUGAGGGUUAAUUGGAACUUGCCAUGAAGUCAAACAAGUUCGUCUCAUAUUGUUAGUUUGUUACUAUAUGUAUGCUAGUGACGGCAAGCAUUUCAAGAACAUGUAGUCCAUCCCUCGAAUAUAUCACAGGUAAAAUG